GUCGACUUCGAUUCGAAGACUCGAUGCUUCGCUGCCGGAGCCGGGCUUUCAGAUGGAGGCGGCGCAGGCGGCGCAGGCGGCGCGGCGCAGUGCCAGUCUGGUGGACGCUACGCGAGCAGGUAUCGGAACAAUACCCGCGCCUGCUGCCAGCGUCCUGACAUUGCCGCUGUCCAGUCGGCGGCACCCGGCGGCACAGGCAGUCCCACAAACAGUCCCGGCACAGGUGCUUGGUACUGUCGCGGCUCCGAGGCCUGCCAGCUCCAGCUUGAGGCUUCCGGUCUACACUGGUGGGCCUGGUGUGCCUCCUAUGGCCAUGCCUAUCAACGGUGGUUUCUCGGGAGGUCCUUUAGCUCAGAUACAAACCAUGCCAGUGACUUUUCCAGGCCGGCGGUUUACCUGA